AUGCUUCGGCCCGUGCCAGCACUCGAGGAGGCCGACCCCGCUAAGCGCGAAUCCGAUGCCUCGCUGUACGAGUUUGGCAAGUACGUCUCCAGCGUUCUCCCGAAAUACGUGCAGCAGUUCUCGGUGUGGAAGGACGAGCUGGUGAUCUACACGGCGCCCUCGGGCCUUCUGCAGGUCGUCGAGUUCCUGCGGGACCACACGAAUGCGCAGUUCAAGCAGCUCUCUGACUCGACGGGUGCCGACUACCCGACGAAGCCGAAUCGCUUCGAGGUGAUCCACAACCUCAUCUCGUACCGUUACAACACGCGCAUCCGCGUCAAGACGUACGCCGACGAGGCUGCGCCUGUGCCCUCGCUCGCCCCCCUGCACAAGUCUGCUGUCUGGGGCGAGCGCGAGGUCUGGGACAUGUACGGCAUCUUCUUCACGGGUCACCCGGAUCUCCGCCGCAUCCUGACUGACUAUGGCUUUGAGGGCCACCCGCUGCGCAAGGACUUCCCGAUCCACGGCUACACCGAGGUGCGCUACGAUGAGGAGAAGAAGCGUGUGGUGUCGGAGCCCAUCGAGCUUGCCCAGGCUUUCCGUAACUGGGACUACUCGUCUGCCUGGGAGCAGACUGGCGAUGGUCGCGACAGCGCCCCCAAGGGCUUCGAGAAGCUGCCCAAGGCCGAGUAA